UCCACAGCUCGGGAGAUUUCUUCCUGUUCCCUGUUGACGGAAUGCUGCGUGUCAGUCUCCUCCGCCGCUAAGCUACAGUUCAGCUAACUGUCAGCAGCAUCCAGUCCAGAGAGGCACAGGCACUGAGGAGGUCCAGCAUCUCGAGACUAUGGCAGAACAUGAGGAGCAGAGAGCAGCUCCUCUGAACGGCGACACAACCAGGAAGAGGGAAGACUAUCUGGAAUGGCCAGAGUACUUCAUGGCUGUAGCCUUUCUGUCAGCGCAGAGGAGCAAAGACCCGAGCUCACAGGUGGGUGCGUGUAUAGUGAACCAGGAGAAUAAGAUAGUUGGCAUUGGUUACAAUGGGAUGCCAAACGGCUGUGACGAUGACCUGCUGCCGUGGUCCCGCUCUGCUGACGACCGUCUGGACACCAAGUACCCUUAUGUGUGCCACGCAGAGCUCAACGCCAUCAUGAACAAGAACAGCGCCGAUGUGAAGGGCUGCUCCAUGUACGUGGCUCUGUUCCCCUGCAACGAGUGCGCCAAGCUCAUCAUCCAGGCUGGUAUUAAGGAAGUGGUCUAUCUCUCUGAUAAGUACCACGGCACACCGGAGAUGACCGCCUCCAGAAGGCUGCUGGGUUUGGCAGGCAUACAAUACAGGCAGUUCAAGCCCAAGAGGACUGAGAUUGUCAUUGAUUUUAAUUCCAUUAACCACGCUGCAAUGAUGAACAGCUCUACCAAGUGAAAAAGCAAAAGGUUCACCUUGGGGAGCUGCUGAGUGAGGCAAGGAAGAAGAGGGAGACUGACGAGAUUGAAAGGGACUUUGAUGCCUUUUCUGCAUGUCUUCUUGCCCCCUGCUUUGUCCAAAGGAAACCUGAAGGAUACCUCGACUUUGGCGUCUUUUUGAUAUUUUGAUUAACCGGAUAUUCAAGAUUCAAGUUUGAUUUGACGCUCAUCCUUUGUGUGUGGCAGAAGGUCUUUCAGUACUGCCUUCACACUUCUUUCUUUUACGCUCCCUUUGGGUUUGGGCAUACACCACGACUUGGGACAUACUUUCUUUAGUGUUUCACCUUAAAAUCCUUAGUGUUGGGAAGCAGUCUCCCCACGGGCAACCAACGAUCCUUAGAACAAGGUUCCAGAUUAGUAUGGAGGCGGCUUCACUUUGUUUGACCUGUCACAGUGGCAGCUUGGGGUAAAUCAGGCUUCUUGAGAUUUCUUUUAUCAAACAGGCUUGAAGAAAGAACCUCUGUUCUGCUGAAUUGUUAUUUGCAAACUCAUUAAAAUGUAAAUAGACAGUCACUUCCCAUGAGCUCUCGAUCCCAGGGUGCUCACCUGAGUAAAGCUUCCAAUGAAUCUCAUCACUAUGAAUAUGUCAGUGUGUGCAUUUAUUUUUAAUAUAUAUUCCCUGUAGGUGGAUAUGGAUCUUAUAUUGAGUGACCAUUUUUGUAGUUCUCUGAAAGAUGUGGCGGUCUUCACUUGGUCAGGUUUUAUAGCGUGUUUUUGUAAAAUGUCCUUCUGUGUUCUACUGUCUGCAGACGCUCUGUAACACGGUACUUUUUAUGUUUCUUUCCUAGUACCAACAUGUCUUACCUAUGGACCAUUAUACUGUUUUGUAGAUGAAAACUAACAUGUCUCCAAACCUCCAUUCCUCUAACCACGUCAGCUCUGAGUUGAAGUCAAUAAAACAUUUGGACGGCACAAUCUAA